UUAUUGUUACGUGUACAUAAUAUCACUGCAAGAGGAGUUUUGGAUUUUUUUAGUGUUCCUCUCCUCUGCCUUUGCCCGCCAUGUCUUCCUUCAGGUUAUGUUCGUAUUUGUGAUGGGAUUGCCCUUUCAAGAGGGGAAGUUACUGCUUUGCAGCUUUUGGUUGACAAGCUUCUCAAAUGUCUUAAGACUAGGAAACUGAGAAGCUACUUCGGUUGAGGGAGCCCCCUGACCUUCGUAGCACAGCAUCACCACUGACUUUUUCCCAACCCUACCCAGAGGUGUUGAGAAUGGACCUGAGGUCUUUUGUCUGCAUAAUUGCCUGACAAAUAAUUACCCACUUCUUUUCUACAACCCUUUUUAUUUCAUUAUCAAUGUCCUUGUGUGUCCCUCAGGGUAUCAAAGCAGUCCUUGCAGAGAGCUACGAGCGAAUUCACCGCAGUAAUCUGGUGGGCAUGGGAGUCAUUCCUCUACAGUAUCUCCCAGGCCAGGAUGCAGAGAGUCUAGGACUGACAGGGCAGGAACGUUACACAAUCGUUAUUCCCGAGGACCUGGCACCCAGAAUGAAUAUCCAGAUCAAAUUGGAUACAGGAAAAACUUUUCAAGCCAUCAUGAGGUUUGACACAGACGUGGAGCUCACCUAUUUUCGUAAUGGUGGUAUCUUGAACUAUAUGAUUCGCAAAAUGGCAUCUUAACCCCCAAAUGAGCCACUGCUCAUAUCCAGAAACCCACCUUUUUCAGAGAAGAAAGGCUCAGUAAUUAUAAAUGCUGUAAUUAUGAAAAACAAAAUAUACAGUAACAACUUGAGGGAAUUUACAGUUUUCCCCAACAUAAUGCCCUCCAAGCUUGUUAGGACUACAACUUCCAGACUUUCAGUGCCAGCUGGGGAUUCUGGGGGAUAUGGUCUCAGCAGAAAGGAAGGGAAAGUCUUCUGAAGGGUAUUUUUAUACUGUUAGAAUAGUCUAGGUCUUUUGGCCACUAGCCUGAUUUAUGUGUAUAUCUGAACUCAUCCUUUCUACAGUACUGUAUUUCAUCAAACUAUUUUGUACUUGUAGGUGGAACGAAAACUUUUAUCAUCCAUGUUGUAUGUGGAGGCUAGAUUCUUUUCAACAUUUUAUACAGCAAUUAACAGUACCAGUUCCUUUUCCUACCUGCCUCAGAAGUUACUAACCCAGUACUAUUGUAUUAAAACUGCUUAUCAAAAUCCUUCCUUGAAAUUUUAAUACUGCUAAAUUGAUUAAAUGGCUCAGCUAUU